AUGGCGGAGUCCAUGCAGUCGAAGCCAAGCUUUGAAUACCCGAAGCGCGCGGCGAUCGGCUCGUACUGGUCGAACCGCAACAGGGACGAGAAGCACUUCAAGAACCUCGGUCCUGCAUCGUUGUCCAGCGCGUCGGCCGGAAAAGUGAUGCAGUGGAUGCUGUCCCACACCUGCAACGGCGUCCCAAAGCCGAAAGGAGGCUAUGACGCGUUCGGCAAGAUCUGGUACGCGCCGUGCAACAUGGCCGAGUCAGUGGCGCAGUGGCGGGCGAGUAUGAGUAACGACGAAGCUCAGCCAGCCAAGAACCGGGUGUACUGGAUCGGUCACUCAAGUCAGCUGCUGUGCCUCUCCAAUGGCAUCAACAUCCUCUUCGACCCCAUCUUCUCGCAGCGUGCCUCGCCACUGUCGUUUGCCGGGCCGUCGCGCCGGUUCCCGCCAGCCGCCACGGCAGCGCAGCUCCCACCGAUCCACAUUGUCACGGUCUCGCACAACCACUAUGACCACAUGGACAAGCAAAGCAUCAAGGCCGUUGCGGCCCGCUUCCCAGAUGCCCACUUCGUGGUGCCGCUGAAGCUGGACCGCUUCCUCCGAGAGUGGGGUGUGCCGGGCGCGUCUAUCACCACGCUUGACUGGUACGAGGCGUGCGAGGUGAAAGGGGUCCGGGUGGGUUGCACGCCGGCUCAGCACUGGGGAAAGCACAGCGCCUUCGACGAUAAUGAAGUGCUAUGGUGCGGCUGGUGUGUCGGCUGGCAGCCAGGCCAGCAGCAGCAGCCCGCGUCUACGUGCGAGAAGCCCACCCUCAUCUCCUUCAGCGGCAUCGAGCCUAGCUCCGAGGCGCUGGUCGAGGCACAGCGGACAUGGAACCGGUACAAGAAGUACUUCUUCGCUGGCGACACGGCGUACAACCCGGAUGUCUCGACGAGCAUCUACGCUCACUUCGGCCCGAUGGAUAUGGCUGCGCUCCCGAUCGGCGCGUAUUCACCGCGGUGGUUCAUGGCGAGAGCCCACAUCGACCCAGAGCACGCGGUGCAGAUCUUUAAGGACCAGCACAUCCAGCAGGCCGUGGCGGUGCACUGGGGUACCUUUGAGCUCGCCGACGAGCCGCUCGAUGAGCCACCGCAGGUCCUGCGCAAGACCUUAAAGGACGCCAGCAUCGACGAGAACAGGUUCCAAAUUAUUCCCAUGGGCAAGUUCAUCGAGUUCUAG